UCAUGUCCACCCAAAAUGACAAACCAAACACUCACAGUUACAGCUGAGGCUUCUUCUUCUUCAUGUGAUGCAGCAGCACCUCUUAAAAAACAAGAUGUUUUUAUCAGUUUUAGAGGUGAGGAUACACGCAACAACUUCACAAGCCAUCUUCAUGCUGCUUUUUACCAAAACAAAAUCCAAACAUUCAUAGACUACAGAAUCCCCAAAGGAGAUGAGAUCUCUCCCUCAAUUUUUAAGGCCAUCAGAGAGUCCAAUGUGUCUGUGGUUGUUCUGUCCAAAGAUUAUGCUUCCUCCACGUGGUGCUUGCGUGAACUUGUCAAAAUACUUGAAUACAAGAAACUUGGUGGACAUUUUGUUAUACCUGUCUUCUAUAAGGUUGAUCCGUCCCAUGUGCGGAAACAGACUGGUACUUACAAGAAAGCUUUUGAAAAAUACGAGAGAGAUGUCAAACAUAACAUGACCAAGUUGUUGAAGUGGAAAGCUGCUCUCACUGAAGUUGCCAAUUUAGUUGGGUGGGAAUCACGGAAUUACAGGACGGAAUAUGAACUCAUUGAAGAAAUUGUCAAAGAUGUCAUGCAAAAACUAGAUCGUAUAUAUCCCACUGAAUUCGAAUAA